GGGAUGAAGAAAACAGACUGUGAUUGACUAUGUGGACCAUCUGGGUGAUCUUCUGGAUUUCAACUGUCCCGAUCAAAGCCAUUCCACCUGUCUGUGACCUUCUGAGUGUCCUGAAAAGGGAGGAAGAAAAGUGUGUGGAGACUCUGUCCCUGGAGGCAAGGAACAGAACGACUGAAAAUGAUCUGCUCCUGAGCUCAGGCAGAUGUGCUGGAAUGUGGGACAACAUGAGCUGCUGGCCUUCAUCCACUGUGGGACAGACUGUCAAUGCUCACUGCCCUGAAUUCUUUCAGAUGCUGACUGGGAAAAAAGGUUUUGUGUACCGAAACUGUACAAGUGAGGGCUGGUCAGAGCCCUACCCGAGACCUGACAUUGCUUGUGGCUACAAUGUCAACGACACAACCAACGAGGCCAGGCGCUCCUAUUUCAUGACCCUGAAGACCAUGUACACCAUCGGAUACUGCACCUCCCUUGUGACAUUGAUGAUAGCCUUGGUGGUCCUGGCCUCCUUUAGAAGGCUUCGCUGCACAAGGAACUACAUCCACAUGCAUCUCUUCACAUCGUUCAUUUUGCGAGCCUCAUCCAACUUCAUCAAGGAUGCUGUCUUGUUUUCCUCUGAGGACACAAAUUACUGUGGGGCAUACACGGCUGGCUGCAAGCUCACCAUGGUCUUCUUUCAGUAUUGCAUCAUGUCUAACUACAGCUGGCUCCUCGUGGAAGGACUGUACCUCCACACUCUCCUGGUGAUUUCCUUCUUCUCGGAAAGGAAGUUCCUCUGGUGGUUCAUCGCCCUUGGAUGGGGUGCCCCAAUGGUGUUUGUGGCAGCAUGGGCGACUGCUCGGCAACUCCAUGAAAAUAUUGGGUGUUGGGACAUUAACACUGAUGCCAAUACCUGGUGGAUCAUUAGAGGCCCCAUAGUUGUGUCUAUAUUUAUUAAUUUCAUUCUCUUUGUCAACAUUUUAAGAAUCCUGAUGAGGAAGCUCAGCUCCCCUGAAAAACGGAGCAGUGAUUUCAACCAAUACAAGAGACUUGCAAAGUCAACACUCCUCCUCAUCCCUCUCUUUGGGGUCCACUAUAUCAUCUUUGCUUUUUUCCCUGAGGAUGCAAGCAGUGGUACAAUGGAAAUUCAGCUGUUUUUUGAGUUGGCUCUUGGAUCAUUCCAGGGCUUUGUGGUGGCUGUACUUUAUUGUUUUCUUAAUGGUGAGGUUCAGCUGGAAGUUCAGAGGAAGUGGAGGCAGUGGCAUUUAAGCAAGCACUGGCGACAGCAUCUCAGCACCUCAGCCAGCAACGGGGGAAGCGGCUUGACUCAAGAGAUGCAGAUGGUGAGGUCCAGCCCCGCAGAGCACAGGAGAGGAACCCUCCAAAGGUCAAGUGUGCUCUAGCUGUGCACCCGAGGGUGCCUCCACGCCCAGACACACACGGCUGAGUCCCCUGCACU